UUUCUCCAUCCGGGUCACUGACUCUUCCCAUGCUGUAGCAAGCAUGGCAGCGAAAAACAAGCACCGCAAAAAGCCUAAAACGACAAAUAAAGUGAGUUUUCAGGCCGAAGAAAACGACGUGGAGGCUGAAAACGGCAGCAGAGAGGAGGAUGAAGACUCAGCAGCGGAUGAAGGUGAAGACAGAGGGAAGAAGAAGAAGAAUGAAGAAGAGUUCAGUCUGGAGGAGGUUUUACGGCUCGGAGGAACUCAGGCCGACUACGUCUUCCUCGCCGGCCUGGACGACUCCAACGAGCUCGUCGAUGGAGGGAAGAAAGGAGCCAUAGACGAUCUGGAGGAGGGCGAGCUGGAGAAAUUCAUCACCAAACUGGGCAUCAGGGCGUUUGCCGGACAGCAGGUCAUUGCAGACGAGCCAGAGGGCGACGACGCUGGAGAAUCUGGAGAGAAGGAGAGUAAAAAGGCCAAAGCAAAGAAAGCUUCAGCAGAGGAAGAACCGUCCAGUUCUCAGCAGAAAGUUGUCACCGACCAGCAGGCAGAGAACAAACAGAAGGCCAAGAAGAGAGCAGACGCUCAGGUAGCCGCGGGGAAAAAGGCCAAACAGAACGCGAAUGUGUUUGAGUUUCAGCAGAGGCAGAUCCUGCUCAUCAAACCUGGAGGGAAAUGGUUCGACCUGGAAUACACAGCCGAGGGUUCGUCGACGCCGCAGGAUCCUCAGCUGGUCUCCCAGUACAAGACGCUCGCCCAGCGUCUGUUCGAGGCCGAGGUCGAGCUCUACAAGAGCAAGAAGAACCUGCAGAAAGGAGCCAACUCCACCUGGAUGAAAACGGUCGUCUCCUCCGGCGUGCUGGCGGACAGGAUGGCGGCCAUGACGGUUCUGAUCCAGGACGCUCCUGUGCACACGCUGGAGCACGUGGAGAACCUGGUGUCCAUGGUGAAGAAGAAAGGCAGCCGGCGGAUGGGUCUGAUGGCUCUGGACACGCUGCGGGAGCUGCUGCUGUCCGACCUGCUGCCAGAGAACAGGAAGCUCCGCCCCUUCACCCAGCACCCGUUCGACCAGCUGGAGGAGAAGGCUAGCGGGAACCGUGACGCCCGUGACCGCCGCCUCGUCCUCUGGUACUUCGAGCACCAGCUGAAGCACCACGUGGCCGAGUUUGUGGUGGCUCUGGACUCCGUGGCUCACGACACGGUGGCGGCAACAAAGGCGAAGGCGCUGGCCACCGCCCACGAGAUGCUGUGCAGCCGCCCGGAGCAGGAGCGGGCGCUGCUCAUCCAGGUCGUCAACAAGCUGGGAGACCCCGAGUACAAGACGGCGGCUAAAGCGUCGUACCUGCUGGAGACACUGCUGCACAAACACCCCAACAUGAAGGCGGUGGUGUGCUGCGAGGUGGAGCGGCUCAUGUUCCGGCCCAACAUCAGCCCGAAGGCGCAGUACUACGCCGUCUGCUUCCUCAGCCAGGUGCUCCUGAGCCACGACGAGGCCGAGCUCGCGGCCAAACUCAUCACCAUCUACUUCUCGUUCUUCCGCGCCUGCGUCAAGAAGAAGGACGUGGAGUCGAAGAUGCUGAGUGUGCUGCUGUCGGGCGUGAACAGGGCGUAUCCCUACGCCAGCACCGGAGACGAGAAGGUGAAGGAGCAGCUGGACACGCUGUUCAAAGUGGUUCACCUGGUGAAGUUCAACACGGCCGUGCAGGCGCUCAUGCUGCUGUUCCAGGUGAUGGACUCGGAGCAGACGGUCUCUGACCGAUUCUACGUCGCCCUGUACAGGAAGUUGUUGGACCCCAGCCUGUCGUCGUCCUCCAGGCAGAACAUGUUCCUCAACCUGCUGUACAAGUCGCUGAAGGCCGACAUCGUGCUGCGGCGGGUCAAAGCCUUCGUGAAGCGUCUGCUGCAGGUCAGCGCCGAGCAGAACGCCAGCUUCGCCUGCGGAGCGCUCUUCCUGGUGUCGGAGGUCAUGAAGGCCAAACCGAGCCUGAAGUUACUGCUGCAGGAGGACGGGGAUGGAGAGGAGGAGGAGUUCAAAGACCUGGCUGAAGAGAAUGACGACGAUGAUGAUGAUGAUGAUGAAGAGGAGCGCUUCGUGGACGCUGACAAACUGGAGGAAGGAGCAAAUGCAGAGGCAGAGGGGCCCAAACCCACGGCAUCAUGGGUACAUCACCAGAACCUGGAAGGAGGGAAGAGCGUGCAGAUCUACGACCCGCUGCACAGGAACCCGUUAUUCUGCGGCGCCGACCACUCGACUUUAUGGGAGCUGCAGAAGCUCGCUCUGCACUUCCAUCCCUCAGUGUCGCUGUUUGCAAAAACAAUCCUGCAGGGAGACUUCAUCCAGUACUCCAGUGACCCUCUGCAGGACUUCACCCUCACCCGGUUCUUGGAUCGAUUUGUUUUCAGAAAUCCCAAACAACUGAAGGGAAAACAAAACACAGAUGCUGCAGUGUUGAAGCCCAAACAGAGGUUACCUGUCGACUCUUUACCAGUGAACUGUGAAGAGUUUCUGUCUAAAGACGAGAGUCAGAUCCCCGUCGACAAAAUCUUCUUCUAUCGCUUCUUCAAGAAACGUCAGCAGGAGAAACAUCUUCGUCGGCCGCGGAGAGACGGCGAUGACGAGAGCGUGGAGGACGUGGACGAUGAAGAGUUUGAGAAAAUACUCGAUUCCUGUGAGGGAGACUCGUACUUCACUGACCUGGGAAAUGAUGAUCUGGACUUUGCAGGUAACAUGAAGAGUAAAAAAGGUAAGAAAGGCGCAGAGGACUCGGACUCUGAUGUGGACGACUCGGACAUGGACAACCUGGACGACGAGGAGGUGUCUCUGGGCAGCAUGGACGAGGAAGACUUUGGAGACGAGCUGGAAGACGAAGGAGGGACGUUCAUGGAUCCUGACGGAGGUGGAGAUGAAGACGACGACGAUGACGAUGAUGAUGAAGUUCCAGAGCUGGAGGAUGGCGAUGCUGCAUUUGGUGAUUCAGACGAUGAGAUGGACGUUCCUCCUCGCACCAAGAAGGGGAAGAGGAAAUCCUCAGAGGAGCUCGACUUCUCUGAAUCUUUAGGAUCUAAACCAGGGAAGAAGAAGAAGAAAGGAAAGAAAGACGCUGCCAUGUUUGCUUCUGCUGAGGAGUUUGGAUCUCUGCUGGACGAGAACGCCGGCUCCAAGUUUGACAACAUCGGGCUGAACGCCAUGGCCAACGCUGACAGAGCAGGUCUGAAGCAGCUGAAGUGGGAGGCUCAGCGAGACGACUGGAUCCACGGCCGCGACGCCACGACGCUGCGCAGGAAGAAGGCGGCGUUCAACAAGAAGACGGCGAUGUUCGGCCGAGGCAGGACGGGAGGCAGGACGUUCGGGAACAAGAAGAAGAGGAAGUAGCCGUUCUUUUGUUUUUUAAAUUAACGUGGACUUUUCUCUGACGGACAGCUUCAGUCCCGCUUGGCCGACCAGGCUUCCUGGUCUCGCUCUCGGAUGCCGUAGACCCCCCCCCACUCGUUGGACUUGUAGUAAACUGGGAGGAAACAGAGGAGCAGAAACUGGUUUCUCUCUCAUCGACGAGAAAAAAGACAACGUGAAGAGGAGCCAUGUUUUUAUAAAAAUGAAAGACUUUGGUGUCUGAGACGUCACUUUGAUGCAGAUGAUUAUUUCAACAUUUAAUACAAAUCCAAGAGAUUUUCUUCUAUACAACUCUAUAAUAACCAUGUGUGUUAUAUGAAAAGAUGUCAACUAAAAUUAAAGUUAUUUUUUCCUGA